AUGUCCGCGGCCUUGACGACACUAUGCCAGGGUGAUCGUCGCGUGCGUGAUAAGGCGCGUAUGUAUAUUGAUCGUGUCAAAAUUUGGGAAACACAAGGUAAUGCGCGAAGCACUCAAGAUAUAAGUGUUAGUGUUCCCGCUGUGUGUGUAUGGCUUGCUGCCGAAAGCCUUGGAGUCGACAGCAUCCAGCGACGUGAUCUGCAGCGCUCUUCAGGACUCGCUCCUGCGCGCUUUGAUCGUGCUGAAAACCUGCUACGACAAGUGAUUGCGACGUUCGAUCGGACCCGACAUGAACGUGUGCGAACUAUUCCGGCGGCGAGGCCAGAACGGCCAAACACUCGGCGGCGAUCGAGCUCUCAAGGCGAAUUAAUUCAACGAGCUAAGGAAAUUCAAGAGAGUGCACAAUUGGGUCAUGGUGCCGUUGAGGCUAUACCGCCGCCCUCCUUAUCUGAGGCAUUUGAUGCCGCCAUGAAACAGCCACCUCAAACCAAAGUCCCCAAGCGAAUUCGCGAAGAGUCACCAAAUACACCUCUUUCAGCUACGGAUUCAGCUCCUGAUCGACCCAAAGCUGAUCCAUCUCAUAUACGCCUUUUAGCCUUAGGUGUACCUUCUUAUCGCGAAGGUCUCCAAUUCGAAGUUCAGCACCGACGAAAACGUGGACGCCCACCAGCGAAACGACUCUCAAUCCAAGAAAUGAAUGAUAAACAAUUCCUCGAUUCACUAUGGUCCAACUCGCCUCUGCCAAGUCACUUACGCAUCGCGGGAAUGCCGCUACGUUACGUCCAAAAGGCCCAUCUCGACGCUCACGACUCGCAUUGGAUUCGUCCCCUUCCGCGUCCUCUUUCAAUUUACAGCGGUAACCCUUCUGGCACACGACUUCGACCCUCACAUAUAUGGAACAAAUGGGUAUCGCAGACCCUAUGUCCUUGA